AUGUCGCAAGCAGGAGCCCGCCUUUUGCAGCACAGGUCAGCGCACCUGCCUUGCCCAAUCAUCCCCGGGGCCAACUCGAUCAAGUCGACGCGCGAAUUGCUAGGCUUGAUCCACGACCGCAAUGUCGAUAUCGUGAUCCCUCGCCUUGAGGGCAAAGAGGAUGUCUGCCGAUGUGACGUCUUCCGUCCUAAAGAUACCGAGGAGGGCAAACGGUACCCCGUUCUCAUGACAGCGGGUCCUUACGGAAAAGACAUUGCCUACUCGGACUUUUACCCACAAUCCUUUGCUGAGCUACCAGACGAGCAAAAGUCGGAGCUCUCGGUUUGGGAGGUGCCGGAGCCCACCUAUUGGACUCAACAAGGCUAUAUCGUCGUCCGCGUGGAUGAGCAGGGCACCGGUCAGUCGCCAGGCUUCCUUGACACCAUGUCGGACCAGACUGCAAACAACUUCUUCCACUCGAUCGAAUGGGCGGCUUCGCAGCCCUGGUCUACGGGCAAGGUUGGUCUCCUCGGCAUCUCGUACUAUGGAGGCAGCCAAUGGCGAGUUGCCGCUCGCAAGCCCAAGGGGCUCGCCGCUAUGGUUCCCUGGGAAGGCAUGUCAGACUAUUACCGAGACCGCGUCCGCAAAGGUGGCAUCUACGGUGACGGCUUUGUGACCGUGUGGCAAAACUACCAGAUCAAUUCGAACCAAUACGGACGUCCUGCUGCCCCACGCCCCAAGAAGAACGUGGGACCUGGCCAGAACGCAAAGGUGCCCAGCAUCGAGGGCGUGCUGACCCCUGAGCAGCUCAAGGAGAACCGCACUGAUCAGACAGUUGAUAACGCCGAGAACUUUUUCCUUGAUCAAGAGUACUAUGCCUCGCGUGACUUUGAUCUGGGCGAUAUCGAGACGCCUCUGCUGAGUGUCGGUAACUGGGGCGGCAUCACUCUACACCUUCGUGGUAACGUCGCGGGCUACCUCGGUGCUGGCUCCAAGAACAAAUGGCUUUGGAUGAUUACCGGUCGUCACGACUUGCCGUUCUUCCUCCCCGAGCGCGUCGCCCUCCAGAAGUCUUUCCUUGACGCCUUUCUGCACGGCAGAGACGACCGAGGCUGGCUAAAGGGUCCCAACGCCGAAGGCGGCGUGCCAUCUGUGAGCUAUGUCGUUCGCAAGGGUUCGCCAACGUUCAACACGAUCGAGGGUGAUCGCUCGUUCCCAGAGAAGACCAGCACCACUUGGCCACUUCCUAACACCAAGAACACCCCAUUCUUCUUGGCCGCAGACCAUCAACUCAAAACGGACCAACAAGCUGCGGUGGCUGCUACGAACGGCGUGGCUGGGGUUGAGGGGCAUCGGCCUAGCUCGGCUGACCAGGUCUGCUACAAAGGCUUUGAAGGCGAGAGCAUCUUCUUUGAGCACAAGGUCGAAGGCAAAGAACUCGAAAUCCUUGGUCAUCCUCACUUGCGUCUUCUGAUCAGCGUUGCAGCCGAUCCUGCCACUGGCAAUGUCCCCACCGAAGCCGACAUCUUCGUCACGCUCCGUCAUCUCGACGCCCAAGGUAAAGAGAUCUACUACACCGGCACCAUCGGGGAUCCGUGCCCAAUCGUCAAGGGCUGGCUCCGUGCCUCUGUGCGCAAAGUUGAUCAGAGCAAGAGCUCCGAGAUCCUUCCUCAACGCAACUACCUCAGCACCCAAGUUGCGCCUCUUGAGGCCGGGAAGGUUUACGCGCUUGACGUCGAGAUUUGGCCCACAAGCGUCGUGAUCCCCGCUGGCCACACGCUCCAGCUCGAGAUUGGUCCUCAAGAUCAACAAGGUGCUGGCAUUUUCACCCACACUCACCCGCAAGACAGAAUCAAGGAGAAGCUGGCUGGUAUCAACACCAUUCACACCGGAAAUGUCAAGCCCGACAGCAUCGACACGGUGGGCGUCAGCGAGAAGACACCUGUCCUCGGGAGCGAAGUGCUUAGCAGCUGCCUCGUCCUUCCUGUCGUUCCGUCGUAG